UUUGCUUACUUCAGACAACGAAAACCAAAAACCGACAUCGCGCAGUCGCAGAAAAAGACGGCGAAGAGGAAGGGCUCGCCUGUCCACACGCAUGACGUUCCGAAGGAAGAGUGUGCACUAGCUGCCCAAGAUGUUGGUAAGGGUAGAGAGAGUAAGGCUGAAGACACCAACCUGCUAGAGGCAGCAGCAGGCACAGAGGGGAGUGCUCACUGGUCCAACUGGGAUGUACUGAAUGAUCAUGCAGCUGAAAACGUUAUGAUAAAUUCUGCUGCAGAAUAUGGUGACCUUGAUGCUAAGAUGUGUCAGGUGGGAAUAGCUGAGCUAGAGAACAGACUUGUGGAAAAACAGAAGGCAGUCGAAAGGCUCUCUGUACAGAUGGACGAGCUACAGGAACAACUUACCCAGCACAGUGACUCUAUGCAACUUCAGGAAACUACCUUUCAAGAGCAGAGUGAAGUGAUCAGGGAACUAACAAGCUGCCUUCAACAGGUGAAGAAGGAUCAGGAUGACCUACAGGAAGAGGCUUCAUGUGUAGCUGUUCAGAUUCAUGAUUUGCAACUUCGGUUACAUCAGGCUAAUGAGAUGCAGAGGAGUAAAAGCCCUGGGAAAAACGAAAUGUUAGAAACCCAGCAGCAGAUGUCCUUGUUUCAGAACUGUCUCAGAGAACAAAAUGCUCAUUUGGAAAUGCUGCGUCAGAAAGCAUAUGGCCUGGAAGUACAGCUUGAGUCUUCUCAAAAG